CUUGAACUCAGAAAUCCGCCUGCCUCUGCCUCCCAAGUGCUGGGAUUAAAGGCAUGUGCUACCACUGCCCAGCUGAGUACCCCAUUUUUUAAAUAGUUAUUUGAUUAUCUGGUGUCUAACUUCUUGAGUUCUUUGUAUAUAUUGUAUAUAUUAGCCCUCUUUUUUUAUUUUUUAUUUUUUAGUUCUUUGUAUAUAUUGGAUAUUAGCCCUCUUUCUUUCUUUUUCUUGAGACAGGGUUUCUCUGUAUAGCCCCAGCUGUCCUGGAAUUCACUCUGUAGACCAUGCUGGCCUCGAAUUCAGAAAUCUGUCUGCCUCUGCCUCUGCCUCUCAAGUGCUGGGAUUAAAGGCGUGUGCCACAACUUCCCAACUUUAGCCCUCUUUUGGAUGUAGGAUAGGUAAAGAUUUUUUUCCAAUCUUGUUGGUUGCUGUUUUGUCCUAUUGACAGUGUCCCUUACCUUCUCUCCAAAGGAUAAUUCUGGACAGUGGGAUUUAGAGAUUAGAUAAAAGUAACUACUGGACAAAUCAUUUACUCUUGUUAGGAAGUUUAAAUCACCUUUAUGAUUUAAAAAUAUAUAUAUUGUUCUAUGUUGUAAAUAGGAACAGCCUUAAAGGAUAAUAUUUGUUUUAGGCUUUUCCAUAGUCAGGAAUGGAAUAAAAGAGUAGUGUUUCUGCACUGCUAUAAAAAUAAUGUAUCCCAAGUUCCUUAGCUGAGAAUACAGAAAGAAUCUUAGGUAAUAAUCAAGAGACUCUGUUCUGUUCUAGAAAGGUCUGGAUAGUUGAUAGAAUUUUGAGUUCAUGUUGAUAAAUAUUAAACUGAAUUAUUGGCUCAUUUCAGAAUAUUCAUCUGCUUUUAAAUAUCUUUUAAAAUUCAGUUUAAUUUAUGUGUAUUUUUUCCUUGCAUACCUAGUACCCAUAGAGGCCAGAAGAAGAGUGGGUAUUGAAUCUCUUACAAUCAGAGUUUAUAGAUGGUUGUGAGCCACCAUGUGGGAUCUGGGAAUCAAACCUGGGUCCUCUGGCAGAGUGGUCAGUGCUCUUAACCACCAAACCAUCUCUACCUUCCUUCUAGAUGUCUGUCCCCUGGUACAGUGUGACAGGGAGAAUUUUUAUUGUUUAUUUCUGGCAUGUUAUAAAUCCACCUUGGUUCCUUAUAGACCUGAAGCGUUAUUGAUGAGAAUUACUGACAGUAAUUUUUUCCUUAGUGCCUGGUCUGUCUCUGGCCCAUAGGUCCAAGAACAUGAACCAAUGUAGAGGAAGUCACUAUUAGAGUUGGCCAUGGUUUUGCUCUUUCAGUGGACUUUUGCAGAGAAGGAAGAGAAACACUAUACAGUUUACUUUUGCCUUCUCUUAUAUUGUCUUAGUAACUUAUAGCCCACAUGUUGCCUUAGAAAUUGUGAACACAGGCUGGGUGGGCGUGGUGGUGCACACCUUUAAUCCCCACUCAGGAGGCAGAGGUAAGUAUCUACCUGUGAAUAUUCAAGCCUAGCCUGUCUGUCCUACUUAAUGAAUUGUUGGCCAGCCAGAGCUACAUAGAGAUAACCCGUCUCAAAAACAAAACAAAACAAAACAAACAAACAAACAAAAACAACAGCAAAAAUGUGACCAUGGUUUUAAAACAACGAAUUUUUCCUUUUCUUGAGGUCUGUAUACCUAGGAAAACAUCCUAACCCUCUCCACCUCCUUUAUUGCCACAGGACAAGUCAUGAUUGUCUCAGUGUCAGUUUCUCUAAUUGGUAUAGUUGGUCUAGACCCAAGGAACAACUAACUUUCUUAACCUUGUACUCUGUCUCCCAAAUCUUAGCCUGUCUACUGUCCUUUCCCUUUUCAGUAAGAAAGAGCCUAGUCUACAAACAUUUCCCUGGGGCUUUUGAUUAUACUCUCUUGUUGACUGGGGAAUUGGGCCUGUAGUUUCAUUCUUAACGAGAUAAGAGAAACCUAUCUCUCUUUUUCUCUCUAUACCUAGCUCCUGGAAAUUAAAAGCCUCUUGCAGGUUAACUCUUCAGUAACAUGGAUCACAGGCAGAGUUCAUGAAAAAUAAAUGCAAAAUCAAGGAUGGCCACAAGGCCACACUGACCCAAGGAGACUGGCUGGAUAAGUAGUAUCUGUUGUAGGGGAUCAAGUAUUUGCUGGGCUAGAAGAACAAGCCCGACAGGCAAUGAUGAAAAACGAUUUUCCUGGAGACCUUGGCAGUCAGCGACAAGCUAUCCAGCAACUAAGAGAUCAGGACUCCAGUAGCAGUGACAGUGAAGGUGACGAAGAGGAGACCACACAAGAUGAAGUAUCUUCCCACACAUCAGAGGAAGAUGGUGGGGUAGUCAAAGUGGAAAAAGAAUUAGAAACUGCAGACGCACCUGUCGGGAGUGGGGACACACUAGUAAAGCAUGAGGUCACAGAAAACCUAAAUUCUGACCCCUUACUUGAACUCUGCCAGUGUCCCCUCUGCCAGCUAGACUGUGGGAGUCGGGAGCAGCUCAUUGCACAUGUGUACCAGCACACUGCAGCAGUGGUGAGUGCCAAGAGUUACAUGUGCCCUGUCUGUGGACGGGCCCUUAGCUCCCCAGGGUCUUUGGGUCGCCACCUCCUAAUCCAUUCAGAAGAUCAGCGGUCUAACUGUGCUGUGUGUGGAGCCCGUUUUACUAGCCAUGCCACUUUUAACAGUGAGAAACUUCCUGAAGUACUUAACAUGGAAUCCGUACCCCAGGUCCAUAGUGAGGGUCCCUCCAGUGCUGAAGGAAAGGACAUUGCCUGUAGUCCGCCAGUGUACCCUGCUGGAAUUCUGCUUGUAUGCAACAACUGCGCUGCUUACCGCAAGCUGCUGGAAACACAGACUCCCAGUGUGCGCAAGUGGGCCCUCCGUCGACAGAAUGAACCUUUGGAAGUAAGGCUGCAGCGGCUUGAACGGGAACGUACAGCCAAGAAGAGUCGGCGAGACAAUGAGACGCCAGAGGAACGGGAGGUAAGACGCAUGAGGGAUCGUGAAGCCAAGCGCCUGCAGCGCAUGCAGGAGACAGAUGAGCAGCGAGCUCGCAGGCUACAGAGAGACCGUGAGGCCAUGAGGCUGAAGCGGGCCAAUGAAACCCCAGAGAAGCGGCAGGCCCGGCUCAUUCGAGAGCGAGAGGCUAAGAGGCUCAAGAGGAGACUGGAGAAAAUGGACAUGAUGUUGCGAGCUCAGUUUGGUCAGGACCCUUCUGCCAUGGCAGCCUUAGCAGCUGAAAUGAACUUCUUCCAGUUGCCCGUGAGUGGGGUAGAGUUGGACAGCCAGCUUCUAGGGAAAAUGGCCUUCGAAGAACAGAACAGCAGCUCUCUGCACUGAACCACACCCUUUUGCCUGACCUCCCGUCCACUCCAGCCCACAGGGAUAGGUGCUGCAGUCACACAGGAGGCCAGAGUCCUUGCUGCCACAGGCAGGUCCAGGUUGGUUGCAGGGAAACCUGUGCACCCUCUGCAUUUGGGAACAGGAUGGGGUCAGGAGGGAUCUGGUUCAAUGCAGCUCUGGACAAGGGAGCAGGCACUCCAGAAACCUGGACUCUUCAGCCCAUGGUGGCGGCCAGGAUGAUGGGACUGUAGGACCCAGGAUGGUCCGUGAAGCUGUGAGGGCAAAUAAAUUAAUUUUAUCUUUA